AACUUCCAUUAUUAGUCAUCUCUCAAAAGAAACCCCUAGUAUUAUAUAUUCAAACACACUUCAUGCAUGCAUUGUCUCCAAAUAAAGUAACCCCCUCACCGUCCUUAUCCUUUUUUUUUUAGAAGUUUAACUCCUACAAUUUUGGAGUCAAUUAACUAACUUCUUUCCUUUAUAUUCCCUUAUAAAUACCUUCAUUUCCUCUUACAUCUUAAACCAACUUACUACAACAUAACAUCAAAACAUCUAUCUUUCCCUACCCUUACUCACCUCAUCUCUUCCGCCUUCAUCUCCUCGAAUUAUUCUCAAUAACUUACAAGAAGAUAAUAUCAAAUGUCGUCGAGGAUGAUGAAGACGGUAGUGAAGGCAUUCGCCUUGAUAGCUAUCACUAUGCUAAUAGUCACAAUCGCCUUCAAUUCCAUCAGUAUCAAAUAUGAACAACAAGACCACCCUAACGGAGAAAAGGACAACAUCGCGUUCCCUUCUAGGAGGGUGAGCCGGUUCUUAGCCGAGAGUGAUUACAACCGUCAUGGAAGAAGCUUAAAGCCCGCGGAUCAUUGUCACAAGGACUACGCGGUGUGCGACGCCAUGUAUGGGAAGAACUUCACGUGUUGUGGAAACAAGUGUUUUGAUCUAACCAUUAAUAAGAAUUGUGGAGCUUGCCAUAACAAGUGCAAGUUUACUGAUGAAUGUUGUGACGGAAAGUGCGUAGACAAAACCUAUGACAAAAGACAUUGUGGGAGGUGUAACAACAAGUGCUUGCCUGGACAAUUAUGUGUUUAUGGGUUGUGUGACUAUGCUUGAUUUAAUUUACUACUUGCUCUUAUGCAAUUGUAUAACAUUUUUUUUUGGCUAUGAUGGAAAUUUUUUUCGUAUAUAAUAUUUGAGCUAGUAUUUAUAAGCAUUAUCUACUACAAAGUAUAAUGCUACAAUUAUACUUAUAUCUUGUAACACCU